UUUUUUUGUCAUCACUUUGCCAUUAUACAACCUCUUUUUAUAACCAUGCCAUACGACGUUACCAUGACCUGCUCUGGAUGCAGCGGUGCUGUCACCCGCGUUCUUAACAAGCUCGAUGGCGUCAAGACAUUCGACGUCUCACUUGAGAACCAGAAAGUCAUUGUCGAAUCUGAUACUCUCACUGAGGAACAGAUUCUUGCGACGAUUCAAAAGACUGGCAAGGCUGCUAAGGUUGCCGCUGCUUAAACAAAGAAAAAAGACGUUUUAAAAAUAAAUAAAAUAUACAUAUACAUAUAUAUUAUGUAUAUAUAUUUUUUUCGAAUGGGAGCAU